CAGCAGCAUAUUUUGAUGCGUUUUUUGACGUAUUUACAUUUAACUUUCGAUAUUUUUGCACACAAGGAUUAAUAAUGUCUAAUGACAUCGUAGCCACGUGGCAGGUGGCUCUCCCUGACGGUGUCCAUGACAUCGAGUUUGAACACGGAACCACAUCUGGAAAAAGGGUCAUCAGGGUAGAUGGAAAGGAAAUCUAUAGGACAGACUGGAUGUUUAAGUUGGUUGGCAAGGAGCAUUUUCAGAUAGGACACAGCAAGGCUAAAUGUACAAUCACAAUAGAUGCAGUCAGUGGAUUUGCCUAUGAAUAUACACUAGAAGUGAAUGGCAAAAGUUUGAACAAGUUUAGAGAAAACCAGAAUAAAAUACAAAAAGCCUGGGUGCUGACUAUUGCAGGGAAUCCAAUUCGUGUGUGCUUAGAAAAAGACACUUUGGAUGUUUGGGUAAAUGGAGACAAAGUGGAGACUUUUGGAGAAUUUGGUGAGGAAGGAACAGAAACUCAUUUUCAGAUAGGCGCUCAUUCUGCUCACAUUACGGCCAUUAGCAGUGGAAAGCGACGUGACGGAAUCUUACACAAACUAUACGUUGAUGACACAGAAAUCCCAGAAUGCAAUGAGUGAUUUUCAAAUUGACAGCUGAUUUUAUUUUUUCAUUCCACAGCUUUUUUUGUUAUGUAAACAGAUUUGUUUUGAAAAAGUUUGCCAUAUGGUUUAUUUAUGAAAUGUCAAUCCGUCCAUUCUUGGCACAUUAGUGUGAGAUACAUUUGUUUUAACAUAUUUAAUUUAUAUGACAGCUCUCAGAUGAAAAAUAACCUGAUUCAUUUUGAAGUAAAUAGAAUGCUUAUAUUUAAACCAAAUUUAUAUGAUGUUUUUAACCCACUUUUUAAAGGAUUCCUUUGUCUGUUCUCCUGGGUAAAAAUGUAUCUUUUGGGUAAAUUUUGAUUGUAAAAGUCCUAAUACCUAAUAUACUGUAAAUUUAUUAUAUGUAGCUGGUAUGAUAUUCGGUGGAAAUUGUUUUUUUAACAAGUUUGUGUAGAUUUGAUUAAGCCCAUUUCUCAGUUUUCUUAUAUAUGCCUGUACAUGUAUGUGCAAGUCAUUUAGCACUGUACUUGAAUUAGCAAAAGUUUCUUUCCGCCAAAAGCGCGAAAAGGAAUUAUACACAGUCAAAUGCAAUACAUUUACAGUAUAUUUAUCAUGUUAUCAAACCUGAUUUACCGGUAAUUGUUGUAAUAGCAGCUAAGUUACAAAAAUAUAUUAAAACCGCAAUACUAUUUUCAGAUUCUUCAUAUUUUACUCUGUUAAUCUGUUGACAAUGACUUUAUUGUGUGUUUUAUUUUUGCUUCUAGUGCAAUUGUGGUUGUGAAAUUUCAGAAGCCAAACAAGGUAUUCUGACAAACCUAGGAAUACUUAAUACAAUUACCUCAUAUCAAUGUUAAAAAUGCCCAACAUACUUGAUUUUACAGUUAUGAUAUUGCACAAUUUUUUCCAAGGUUUGAAUCACUUAAAAUCAAAUAAGAAUGUUCUGUUAUUGCGUGUAUUUUAUUUUUAUCCCAGACUUUACCUUUUGUUGUGAAUAUCUGCUCUUUGGGUCUGAAUGCAUAUGAUAUAGAAUGGUCUUUCUGUAUAUGUGUGUUUUACAUCAUUACAGGUAUUAUCAUUUCUAUAAAAAAGAAUAUAAAUCAAGAUUUAAUGUUGUUUAUCCUUGAAAUUAAUAAAUUGAAGCUUAGUUUUAAAAAUUUGGUUUGAUCAUCUUAAUGAUAAAUUUUGACUCCAAGGAAAUGAAUGAUACAAUACUUCUAAAAUGAGAUGCUUGUACCCUCGAUCUGUAUUAUUAGCUCACCUGAGCCAAAGGCUCCAGUGAGCUUUUCUGAUCAAAAUUUGUCCGUUGUCUGUCGUCGUCGUCGUUGUCGUCGUCGUUGUAAACUUUUCACAUUUUCGACUUCUUCUCAAGAACCGCUGGGCCAAUUUCAACCAAACUUGCCACAAAGCAUCCUUGGGUGAAGGGGAUUCAAGUUUGUUCAAAUGAAGGGCCACACCUUCAUUCAAGGGGAGAUAAUUGGGAAUAACUGAAAAUUUGGUGGCAUAUUUUAAAAAUCUUCUUCUCAAGAACCACUGUGCCAGGAAAGAUGAAACUUAUGGGGAAACAUCCUCAGGUAGUGUAGAUUCAAGUUCGUUCAAAUCAUGACCCCCGGGGGUAGGGCGGGGCCAAAAUGGCCGACCUAAGUUUUACAUAGAAAUAUAUAGGAAAAUUCUUUAAAAAUCUUCUUCUCAAGAAUGACAAAGCCAUAAUUCAUCAUAUUUAUAUGGAAGCAUGCUCAGGUAGUGUAGAUUCAAGUUUGUUCAAAUCAUGACCCCUGGGGGUAGGGCGGGGCCAAAAUGGCCGACGUAAGUUUUACACAGAAAUAUAUAGGAAAAUUCUUUAAAAAUCUUCUUCUCAAGAAUGACAAAGCUAUAAUUCAUCAUAUAUAUAUGGAAGCAUGCUCAGGUAGUGUAGUUUCAAGUUUGUUCAAAUCAUGACCCCCCGGGUUAGGGCGGGGCCAAAAUGGCCGACCAAAGUUUUACAUAGAAAUAUAUAGGAAAAUUCUUUAAAAAUCUUCUUCUCAAGAAUGACAAAGCCAUAAUUCAUCAUAUUUAUAUGGAAGCAUGUUCAGGUAGUGUAGAUACG